GUUUGUGUGUAGUGCCGCUUAUUGUUUUCUUUUCGUGCGCAAAUUUGCAAGUUUUCCACAAUCAAAUCUAUUAAAUUGCUUUGCAGCAUAUGUGCCAUACGAUUUCUGCCCACUAAACCAUAAUCUGAAUUAUGGCCGCCUCAGUGCUGCUCGCUUGCGGUCUCAACGAACAGAAGCUGCCAGGAUUCGUGCACAUCAGCGAGGAAUCGAAUGUCGAUGGCAGUUUUCUAAUUAGCUGCAUUCUGGGCCAACGCCUGCGUAUCUCCAAUGCGGGCACGCUGCUCGUCUGUCUGCAGAAUCACUAUCAGCAUUACUUCAAUGCGGGCAUGCGGCUGGGCUACAACUCGAACAUCUUUCUGGGCAAGACUUUCAAUGUGAUCGACGUGCUCAGCGACAUGGCGCGACAUGGCCUCAGCUCCAAGUGGCUGCGCUCUCCUGACGGUUUGACUCUGACGGAGCAGCUGGUGAAGGACAUACGCGAGCAGCUGGAGAAGAACUAUCCGAAUCGCAGCAGCUACACCAUACUGAUUGAUAAUCUAUCCAUACUGAUCAAUCUGGGCGCCAGCAAGCAGCAGGUGCAGCAGUUCUGCCUGGAUCUGGCCGACCUGGCCAAGGCGCACGAUAAUCUGACCGUCAUCACGAAGCUGAGCAACAGCGACAUCCACCCGCUCACGGACAACAUUUUUUUCAAGCUGGGCAACGUGCGCAUCCAGGUGCUGCGGCUGAAGAGCGGCGUCUUUCGCGAGGUCGAUGGCAAGCUGCUGAUCGAGCGUGUCCUGGACGACGAGGGCAGCUACUCCUGCGAGCAGACGCGCAAGGAGGUCCUCUACAAGGUCAACGAUCGCAACGUCAAGAUAUUUAAUCUUUUUUUAAUCGGUGUCAAGGUUUAGCUUUUCCAAAUUCGCAUUGCUGCAAUUUUGUAUGGAAUUUAUUAAAGCCCAUUUUGAUAUACCUAUA